CGGAAGUUGUUAUCGUACACGCGUACCUUACUUCCGCUUGUUUAAUGUUCUGACACUGAGUACUGAAGACGAAUUUAAGUCAAAUAACAAUAGAAAUAGACAGUUGAUCCUUGUUUUGCAUUUUAAGAAAUACAAAAGAUGUCUUCAGUGACUAACAAUGCCAACGAUCCUCGUCGAGCAGCCAAAGUAAACAGAUACAAACCUCCUCAGCCUGGCGGGCCCUCAGAUGAUCCGACCCCUGACUACAUGAACCUCCUCGGAAUGAUCUUCAGUAUGUGUGGAUUAAUGAUGAAGUUGAAGUGGUGUGCCUGGGCAGCAGUUUAUUGUUCGUUUAUUAGUUUUGCUAAUUCUCGAACCUCAGAAGAUACAAAACAAAUGCUCAGUAGCUUCAUGUUGUCUAUAUCAGCCGUUGUGAUGUCCUACCUCCAGAAUCCCCAGCCCAUGACUCCUCCCUGGUGAAAGUCCAUUGGAUAUUGGAAAUGUUUAAGUGAAAAAUUAAAACUAAGGAAGAUAACUGGAAAUCUUGACACACACAGACUGAGUUGCACUAGUGUCAAGUAACAUCAGUGGUGGUAGAUUUAGAGUGGUGUACUGGCAAGGCUUGACAUCCACAUCAUCAAACAAUACCAUUAGAAUUUUAUCAGAAAUCCGAAUUUAGAAGACCAAAUUUGAUCCCAGCUUUCAACUCUACAUAGAAUGCCAGACGUUGAACUUUUGUGGUUUUUAAACAUUUUGAUGCAUUCGGACACCAAACAUCUGUGACUUUCUUUCUCACUUUACAAGUGGUUUAAAAACCUACAGAGUUUCUAGUUGAAGUAUUGGUAGUCCAUACAUGUUAGUUAGGCCACAAACAGUUUUCAUAUUGAGGUUAAACCAUCAUUGUUUUUUUUACGUUUUAAAUGGUGCGCCUCUCUUGUGAGGAUUUUGUAAUUUUACAAGACGACUAGCCAUUGGUUUUUAAGGUAACUUAAAAAAUGUAAUUUUGGAUCAGAAUGUCAAAGGCAAAUUUGAAAAAAUAAAUUCAGCGCAACAUCAUUGUAGCUAAAAUGUUAACUACAUUUAAAAGCAGGGUGUCCAGGUACAAGUUCACCAGAAGCUUUCAUUUCUAGUUCAACUUUAUGGAGGUGAUGUAUCUAGUACUCUUUCUAACCUUCUGAAGAUUAUUGAUUUUAUGCAGAUUUAGUUUUGUUUAGAAGUUUGUGCGAGUGCGAGUAAACCUGUGUAUGGAAAUUGACUUAUUAACUCAUUCACCCCUGAAAUUUCAUAAUGAACUAUUCCAGCAUUUGAAUUAGAAGAGGUCAAAUGUGUCUUCAGGGAUGAAUGAGUUAAAUGGAAGAAUUUAUCUGUAAUACCCAGAGUACAUGUGUAAAUGUGAAUAUACAUAUUUAUAUGGAAAUGUCAAUUAAAUUUAUACCUAUAAAA